CCAUUGCUUUCUCAUGUCUGAAGGGUCUCAGCCAUGUUUCUUGAGGUGACCUGAGGUUUUUGGAGAACAUCUUCUUCAUUCUGAGAUUUCGGAAGCAUUAGUCUUCUUUUAAGUUUUCUUCGGGUCUUCUGAUAGUUUCUGGAUUGAGGGAUUUUCUCUAGAAAUUGUUGUGUCUGCUUGAUGAUUUGAAUGCUUGCUCGGGGAAAGUAACGUUUGGUGUUUUAAGGAGAGUUCGUUUCUUUUCUCUCACCUCAUUUGAUCCUUGAUCCUUAGAUUUCUGAGUUCUUGUUCGGAAAAUUCUUCAUAGAGGUCGAGAUUUUUUCUUUAUUUUUGAUCGAGAUUAACUUGGCCAGUGUCCUGGUCUCUUUCGGAUUAUUAUCGAAGAAUCACUUGCUGAGAAUUUUCUUAUAUCUGAUUCUAUUUCUCUUCCUCUGUAACAAUCGGUUUCAGGUAGAAAGGAGGAAAAAUGGAAGCGAAUGUGAUCUUUCCUGUGAUAAAGAAACUCGGCUCCCUGCUGAAGGAUGAAGCUUAUUCUCUCUACGAAGCUGAGGGAGAUGAAGACAAGCUUGCUAAGUUGCUGAUGAAAGAGGAGCCCCGGGUGCCGACAUUGGGUGUUGUUUCAAUUACAGGUAUGGGCGGGUUGGGCAAAACAACACUUGCUAAACAAAUCAAUAACCGAGAUGAUGUUAAAAGGCACUUCGACUGUCAAGCCUGGGUUUCUCUCUCAAAAGAAUAUAAAAUAGAAGAUGUUUUGUUGGAUAUGAUCAAACAAGUUGAGGUACUCACAGUACUCACAGUAGAACAGAGACGAGGGUUGGAGUCAUCGGAUGUUAAAAUUUUGAAAGCAAGGCUUUCUAAAUCUCUCGAGAAUAAGAAGAAAUAUCUCUUUGUAAUAGAUGAUAUAUGGGAGAUUGAAGAUUGGGAGAAACUGAAAGAGAGUCUCCCUUUUCCACGAAACAAUCAGAAAUGCAGAGUGCUGCUGACAACCCGUGAUGAUAGGGUAGCAAGGUACGACCGAAUCGCUCUUUCGUUCAAAUGUUUGGAUAAAAAGAAAAGUUUGGAACUCUUCUUCAAGGUUGUAUCCGGAGCAACACCAGCACACCAGAUGAUAGCAAUGCAGAACCAACUGUCAACCAUGAGAUGAAAACUCUUGCUGAGGAAAAUAUUGCCAAAUGUAAUGGAUUACCACUAGCUAUUGUGGUUUUGGGUGGCCUUUAUCUCAUACACAUUCAUUGACUAUUAAUGAAUGGAUGCUUGUGUUUCACAACGGGGAUUCGUUUGUAGAGGGUAAAUGCCACAAGGUUUUAGCUCUAGGCUUCACUGAAUUAACUGCCUAGUUAAUUGAAGGAUGCCUUUGUUACUUAUCUAUACUGUGAUCAAUUGAAGGAUGCCUUUGUUACUUUGGUGAUUCAGUCAUAGUGCAUCAUAAUGUACCCUUCCUUGUAAGGUUACUUGACAAUGCUCAUUACUUUGUAUCUUUGUUAAUGGAUGGAGGUGAGGUUUGAAUAGAUCUAUACAUCUCUUUGUGUUGAA